UAUCCUAAUCCUUAUAACCAGCCCGCCUUCAAUAAGAACACUGCACUAUUAGAUUUUCAUCCAUAAUCUGUUAUACUUCCCUUGUCUCGGAACAUCGAUAUCAACAUCAGACCUCAUACCUCAAUACAACUGUUGAUAACAAAACUACACGUGCACUUUAUUCACGUCCCAGUCCUUCGGCUGAAACAUGUAUUUCGAUCCCAUCACUCAGGACAGACAAGAUAAGAACUUCCAGAUAUGGAUAGGGCAAUUGUUGAAAGGAGAUCCCGAGCAACUCGCCUGUCAACUAGCAAAAAAGCAUCGGCCGGGUCACAAACUCGGCGCGGCUCUUUGGAAAAACGGUGCCUACAAUGUCUGUUAUAGAGUGAGGUAUGAGGACGGUUUCCACGCCAUUGUUCGAUUUGCAGCACUUGGCAAGACUGUACACCGUACUGAAAAAGUGGAGAAUGAGGCAAUUGUUCUUCAAUAUUUGCAGCAACAUACCGAUAUUCCUGUCCCACGAGUACUAGGAUGGGGAACGUCCUGGGUCGGGCCAUAUAUUGUUGAAGAGUUUAUCGAAGGUGAUUUGAUCUCCAACGCUUUGAAGGAUCCCACGCAAGAAGGACGCCCAAGCUUAAACCCAAAAAUCAGCGAUCGAGCUUUGAAGGUAGCCUAUCGUGGCAUGGCCAAAAUUGUUCUUGAUAUGUCAAAACCAGAGUUCAACCGCAUUGGUUGCCUAGUGCGAACGGAUGAAGGAAAUUUCGUAAUUGGUAGGAGGCCUCUUUCAAUUCGCCUGAGCGAAUUGUCAAUAUCAGCGAACCUAGCUCCAGAACAUCUUACUAACUCCACCUUUACCUCCUCUGCUAAAUAUUUCGAUUUAUUGGCUGAGCAACAUCUCACCCAGCUUAGAUAUCAACAAAAUGAUGUCGUUGAAGAUGAAGUAGAUUGCAAAAAGAAAUACGUAUCUCGCUGUCUAUUUCGUGGAGUUGUUCGUCAAGUUUGUGCAGAAUAUUCCAACGAGCCAUUCAGACUCUUCUGCGACGAUUUUAGACCUUCGAAUGUCCUCGCCAACAUGGAGCGAUUCCAGAUUUCAGCAGUUGUUGACUUAGAAUUUUCAUAUGCGGCGCCAUCAGAGUUUACCUACGCUGCACCUUGGUGGCUUCUGUUGCAAGGUCCAGAGGAUUGGGAGGAUGACCUAAAUGAUUUUCUGACUCGCUAUACACCGAAGCUUGAACUAUUUCUCUCUGCGUUGAGAGAAUGCGAGGAAGAGCAGAUAAAAAAUGGGAAGCUUCUUGAAUCUCGACGAUUAUCUACUCGUAUGGAACAAUCCAUGCAUAACGGCCUUUUUUGGGUGUGUAUUGCAGCAAGACAUAGUCAGAUGUUUGAUGAGAUAUACUGGAAAUUUCUUGACGAAAAAUACUUUGGGCCAUUAGUUUCGCUUGAUGAUCGAAUAGAACUUCUGAAUGAAGAGGAAAAGAAUGAGCUUUGUACGAUUUUCGACCUCAAGCAGGAGCAGGCUAGGGACAAAACUUUUAAUGUGCAUUAUCCUGCUAGAGAACUCAUGAAGCUCUAGAAUGUUUUACUGGACCUAGUAAGUCCUGUUCUCAUCAGUGUGGCUCAUGACUUUGUAAAUGCAUUUCCUCAUUCUCUACUCUAUAAACGUUGUCGUUGCCCAUCUGACUCAAGCCAAAAGGAAUCCAUAGAUAUACCAUGCGUACCAACAUACAUCAACACAUCUAAAGGUCAUUUCGUAUCUACAUUCGCAGUCAAUUAAAUACUUCAACCAUAUAUCCUUCGCUUAAGAUGUACGACGCCUUAAUAUAUAAUCAUUUUCUCAUAUAUUUUCACAGCAGACCUGCGCUGUUCCUCUGUCAUUCAAUCCUCAUCACAUCACAUAUUCCCACAUAACCAUAUAAACGAUAAACAAUAAACAAUGGAGACUAUCAUUCAUCUUCAAUCAACCAAUAAAUUACCCCCAUCAUCUCCACAACAGCAAAAUACAAGGAUUGCGAAUAUCACCCUCAUUCACAAACACCUACUACUAUUUCCCUUCCGACUUUGAACACCAUAACCACCACCUACCCUACCGUCAGGAGCAAUGAAGAAAUUGUAUUGAGAGAUUUCACAUCUAAUUACACCCCACAUUAUUCGAAGCUAUAGAGAGAAUACAGAGUACAGAAUACCAAACAUGAUGAUUAUGACUACAGCCUGGAAAGAUUAUAGAGUGCUAGGCCUGGUGAUGCAACUGAUUUGCAGGAAGCCACUACUUUACGGGCACAUAAGUACGUACUUGCGGUAAAGUAAAAUGAUUCCUAUAGAUUGUUCGAUCAGUUUAUCAUUAUAUUAUACUCCUGCCCCUUGUUACAAGUCUUAUUAGCGAUUGAUUUAUAUGCUG